ACACAACGUUCCAGCAACUUAUUGGUCCGGACGUCAGGCUGCACUUCCUAUCUAAACCAAACUGUUCGAAAAUUUAACUCCACAAAGUUCUGAGCUACUUCUGGAGUUUAGCAGGCUAGAGGAGAUAAGGUGUCUUUAGGUGUCGUUGGCGUAGUGGAAAACACAGCAGGAGAUAUUCAUUGGAACACUAGUCUUGUUUAUAUUUUGGGUAUUUUUGACCCUAUCCUGGAAAAAAAGAAAAACAAAAUUCAAAGACGUUUUUGCUCGUCCAACAAUCCAUUCGGGAAUCUACGACGAGAAGAAAAAACAAAAGGAAACAACGUUUUUCGUGUUCUCUCCUUAACUGUAUCAAUCUCAAAACUAAAAGUUUUGAUUGAAAAACCUAUGUUUUCCUUCAUGAAGCUAUAUUACUUUAUCGUCACUUGGAUAACCUGGUAUAACAUUUUCUGAUUCUCGGCACAUUUAUUUCAUCUCUUGAUUCGAGAUGCGGGAAUAUAUUUAAAAUAUUGGAUAAAUAUACAUUUAGAAAGUGAAUCGUAUUUAUAAGAUUUUCAUAAACCGAAAGGUGAUUAAGAAUGUGCAAGUAAUGCAUUAAAUACAUUAUGGAUACUAUGGCAACCUUGGCAAAUCCUUUUCAUCAAAGUUCUAACGAUUCUAACCUAACGGACACUGGUAUGAUGAAUGACGUUUUCGGACCUGAUUACCAUCGAACCGUUCGGAUUGUUAUCAUUGCAGUAAUGAUAGUUAUUUCGUUAUUUGGAAAUACGGUAGUUUGUUGGCAACUUCUCGUUUCUCGAUGGCGUCGCCAUUCGAAACCUAAAGUACUCUUCCUUAACCUUGCUGUUGCUGAUCUAUUAGUUACCACGGUGACCAUGACAUCUCAAAUAGUGUGGGAAAUAAUGGGAAGAUUAUGGAUAGCUGGUGAUGUCUUCUGUCGCUUCUUCAAGUUGCUUCAGACAUUUGCACUUGUUUCAUCUACCUAUAUGUUAGUGAGUAUUGCCCUGGAUCGUUAUUAUGCCAUAAUACACCCUCUAAGGCCACAUUUUCCUAAAUGGAAGCUUGCCUUGAUGGCCUGGGUGACCUCUCUACUUCCUUCACUUCCAAAUGUUUACAUUUUUCGUGAAGUUCAAAUUGGUGAGAACCAGUGCUUCUGUAGUUCCCUCUUCUAUACUGGGGAGUAUCCGCAGUUUCAUCGCCAGCUCUACAUGGCUUUUGUAUUUUUAACUGUCUUCAUAAUUCCAUUUUGCCUAUUGGUAGCACUUUACUCACGUAUUUUACUAGAAAUAUGGCGUCAGUCGUCAUCCAUGAAGAAAUGUCAGCAGACAGUGUCGUCACUUCCCCGUGCAAAAAUUAAAACGUUGAAGAUGACGAUGGCUAUCUUUGUUGCCUUCAUGGUAACAAAUCUUCCUUACGUCAUCCAGGAAAUGGUACUGGCCUUCGGAAAUCCAGAAAGCUUGAACAAGAAUAUAGUAGCGUUAUUUGGUGUUAUCUCAGCCAGUAAUAGCGCCAUCAAUCCUUAUAUAUACUUGACCUUUCAUUCCAAACUUGGUGCGUGGAAUCGGUUCACCUCAUGUUUGAAAACUGUUAAAAAUAGCAGCGUAUCCAGAAUCCAAACUUGGCAUUCGAGACUUUCGUACAGAAACACCUCCAUUACAAGUCACAGUACUCGGAAUUCUACCAAUGUUUUCAAUGUACCUCAUAAAACAGAAUCUGAAACAAUACAGCUUACAGUUAUAGCAAACUACAGUCCACCGACUAAAAAUGCAAAGCUUGUGUAAACAAUAAUAUUGUAUCAUUCAAUUAAAUAUGAAUUAGUGGACACAAUACACACUAACGGAUAUGUAUAUUCGUAUGUAUUUUGAUUCUGUUCUGUACGGGCUUCUC